AUGAAUGAUCAUUUAGAAAUUGAUAAUUUAUACAUUGGAUUCGAUUUAUCAACUCAACAAUUGAAACUCACAGUUAUUGACGAUAAUUAUAAACUUUUCUUCGAAGAGACUGUUCAUUUUGAUAAGGAAUUAUCACAUUAUGGAACUCGUAACGGUGUUGUCUUGAAUGGAGAGACUGUGACAUGUCCAACAUUAUUGUGGGUAGAAUCAUUAGAUAAACUUCUUCAAAAGCUCAAAAUUAAUAAAUUUCCGUUUCAUAAAGUUCGAGUGAUAUCUGGAGCUGCUCAACAACAUGGAAGCAUUUAUUGGUCGCAUAACGCGUUGUCGUUAUUAUCCUCACUCGACCCAUCUCAACCUUUAAUACAUCAAUUAAAAAACGCGUUUUCAAUUCAACAAUCUCCAACUUGGCAAGAUUCAAGUACAUCAGAACAAUGUGAAGAAUUAGAAAAAUUAAUAGGUGGAGCAGAAGUCUUAGUAAAUUUAACGGGAUCAAAGGCAUAUGAAAGGUUUACUGGGAAUCAAAUUUUAAAGAUUUGUAAGAAAGAUCCAAUCGCAUUUUCUCAAACCUCACGAAUUUCUUUAGUUAGUUCAUUUCUCGCCACUUUAUUUCUCGGUCAUUAUGCACCUAUAGACAUUUCAGAUGGUUCAGGAAUGAAUUUAUUAAAUAUUCAUACUAAACAAUGGGAAGAUAAGUUAUUAGAUAUUUGUGGUGAUGGUGCUGGAAGAGAAUUAAAAGAAAAACUUGGUGAACCUGAAAUCGAAGGAAUAAAAAUUUUAGGGAACGUGAAUGAAUAUUUCGUUAAAAGAUAUGGAUUUAAUAAAGAUUGUAAAAUUAUUCCAUUCACUGGUGAUAAUCCGGCUACAAUAAUAUCUCUUAGUAUUAAACCCGGUGAUGUUAUAAUAUCCCUUGGCACUUCGGAUACAGUUCUAAUUUAUACUUGUAAGCCAUUUCCGUCAUUAGAUUCUCAUACAUUAUGUCAUCCGUUCAUACCGAAUUCCUAUUUUACAAUGUUAUGCCGUAAAAAUGGAAGUUUAACACGUGAAUAUAUACGCUAUAUUUAUGCUAAAGAUGAAGAUAACGAGUCAUGGAAGACAUUUAACAACAUCUUAAAUAAGACUAGACCUAUUAAAUCAAAAAUAGGAUUUUAUUUUCUUUUACAAGAAAUCAUUCCAUUAAUCGUUGUAGGAGGUGCAAGUAAUAAUAAUGAAAUAUUAAAAAUUUUAGCAGAUGUUUUUGGAAUUAAAGUUUGGAGAAGUCAAAGCGAAAGGAAAGGAAGAAUUUCAGCUUCUAUGGGAUCUGCUAUAAAAGCUAGAUUGGCUAUUUUCAAACAAGAAAUUAAAAGUAUAGAUAAUUGGAAUUAUAAUGAAAUCGAAGAAAAUUAUUCACUUAUCGCUAGCCCUGACUUGAAUAAUACAAAGAUUUAUGAAACUAUGGUUGAAAAUUAUCAAGAAAUGGAAAAGUUGGUGAUUAAAUAA